CGCUUGGUGCCUCCUCCGGACAGAGCCGUGUUCGCCGCCGCUGAGGAGUCGCUGCUGUCCCGGGCUACCUGAGGCCUCUGGUCCCGUUAGGAGGAGCAGCCGUGGCGGACGCCCGUUCCCCGUGCCGGACACCAGGGCGCUGAGAGAAGCCGGGCGCGGCGGCCAGGCGGGCGCAGGAGGCCGGGUCCGGGCGGACCGGUCAAUGGACCAGCCGGGCCUGGGGCAGAACCCGCGGAAGCAGCUGCCCGGCCCCCGGGGGGGCUCCCAAGAUGUCGGCGUGAGAAGACCCCGCCGCUGCCGGGUCCGGGCCGCCGAGCCGAGUGCCGCGGAGCGGAUGGUGCUGCUGCGGGGACGCUGAAGCGGCGGCGCCUCGGGCCUCUGUACGUCCCCGUCCCCCUGCCCGGGCGGGCGCGCCCCGGCUCCGCCCGGCGGCACCAUGUCGGCCAAGGUGCGGCUGAAGAAGCUGGAGCAGCUGCUGCUGGACGGGCCGCGGCGCAACGAGAGCGCGCUGAGCGUGGAGACCCUGCUGGACCUGCUGGUCGGGCUCUACACCGAGUGCUGCCGCGACUCGCCGCUCCGCAGGGACCGAUACGUCUCCGACUUCCUCGAGUGGGUAAAACCAUUUACACAAUUGGUGAAGGAAAUGCAACUUCAUCGAGAUGACUUUGAAAUUAUAAAAGUAAUUGGAAGAGGUGCAUUUGGCGAGGUUGCGGUUGUUAAAAUGAAGAGCACGGAACGCAUUUAUGCAAUGAAAAUUCUAAAUAAAUGGGAAAUGCUUAAAAGGGCAGAGACAGCUUGCUUUCGGGAAGAGAGAAAUGUUUUGGUGAAUGGAGAUUGUCAGUGGAUUACUACAUUGCACUAUGCCUUUCAGGAUGAGAACUAUUUGUAUUUAGUGAUGGACUACUAUGUGGGUGGUGAUUUGCUGACACUUCUCAGUAAGUUUGAAGACAAGCUUCCAGAAGAUAUGGCCAAAUUCUACAUUGGUGAAAUGGUGCUUGCUAUACAUUCCAUUCAUCAGCUGCAUUAUGUGCACAGGGACAUAAAGCCUGAUAACGUUCUUUUGGACAUGAAUGGCCAUAUACGCCUGGCAGACUUUGGAUCGUGCUUGAAGAUGAGUGAAGAUGGCACUGUACAAUCUUCUGUGGCAGUGGGUACGCCUGACUACAUCUCCCCUGAGAUACUGCAAGCAAUGGAAGAUGGGAUGGGAAAAUAUGGACCUGAAUGUGACUGGUGGUCUCUGGGUGUCUGUAUGUACGAAAUGCUGUAUGGUGAAACACCCUUUUAUGCAGAAUCAUUAGUGGAAACCUAUGGGAAGAUUAUGAAUCAUGAAGAACGAUUUCAAUUUCCAUCCCAUGUGACAGAUGUUUCUGAAGAAGCAAAAGACCUUAUUCAGCGACUUAUCUGUAGUAGGGAAUGUCGACUAGGACAGAAUGGAAUAGAGGAUUUCAAGUCGCAUGCAUUUUUUAAAGGACUUAAUUGGGAUAAUAUUCGAAACCUAGAAGCACCUUAUAUUCCAGAUGUUAGCAGUCCUUCUGACACAUCAAACUUUGAUGUAGAUGAUGAUGUAUUGAGGAAUCCUGAAAUCGUGCCACCAGGUUCUCAUACUGGCUUUUCUGGAUUACAUUUACCUUUUGUCGGGUUUACAUAUACAACUGACAGCUUAUUUUCUGAUAGAGGCUCUUUAAGGAGUGUAAUGCAGUCUGGUGCUGUAACCAAAGAGAUGGAUGUGCAACAUGACAAAGAGAACAGCUUGCAAAUAGAAGCUUAUGAAAGGAGAAUACGAAAACUGGAGGAAGAAAAACUGGAUUUGUACAGAAAACUGCAAGAAUCUCCUAUGCUGCCAGUGCUGGGUCCAGAUCCUGACAAAGAAAUCAAGAAGCUAACUGAAGAAAUUGAACGUUUGAACAAAAAAAUAACAGAUUUAAAUAGGAUAGAACGACAGCUUCACCAAGAAAAUGAAGACUACACACACAGGCUAAAAGGACUUGAAAAGCAGUACAGAACAAUAAGGCAAGAGAAGGAGGACCUUCAUAAGCAACUUGUGGAAGCUUCAGAAAGAUUAAAGGCACAGUCCAAAGAACUGAAGGAUGCCCAUCAGCAAAGAAAGCUAGCUAUGCAGGAGUUUUCAGAGCUCAAUGAGAGAAUGGUAGACUUGCGCUCUCAGAAACAGAAGUUCUCUCGACAGCUUCGUGACAAAGAGGAAGAGAUGGAAGUGAUUGUGCAGAAAAUUGAUUCUAUGAGACAGGAAAUUCGUAAAUCUGAGAGAGGCAGAAAAGAGCUGGAAGCUCAACUUGAGGAUGCCACCGCAGAAGCAUCAAAGGAACGCAAGCUUCGUGAACACAGUGAGAUUUUCUCCAAGCAGCUGGAAAAUGAACUGGAAGCACUAAAGCUAAAGCAAGGAGGCCGUGCAGCAGGUGCCACAUUAGAACAUCAGCAGGAGCUUUCCAAAAUGAAGUCUGAGUUAGAAAAGAAAAUCUUGUUCUAUGAAGAGGAGUUAGUCAGGCGAGAGGCAUCCCAUGUCUUGGAAGUAAAAAAUAUAAAAAAGGAGGUGCAUGAUUCAGAAAGCCAUCAGCUAGCACUGCAGAAAGAGAUCAUGAUGCUAAAAGAUAAAUUGGAGAAGGCAAAACGAGAGAGGCACAACGAGAUGGAGGAGACUGUAGGAACAAUAAAAGAGAAAUAUGAACGGGAAAGAACCAUGUUCUUUGAAGAUAACAAAAAGUUAACAACGGAAAAUGAAAAGCUUUGUUCCUUUGUGGAUAAAUUAACAGCACAAAACAGGCAGCUAGAAGAUGAGCUCCAAGACCUGGCAGCAAAGAAGGAAUCGGUUGCUCAUUGGGAAGCUCAGAUUGCAGAAAUUAUUCAGUGGGUAAGUGAUGAGAAGGACGCACGUGGAUAUCUUCAGGCUUUAGCUUCCAAGAUGACAGAAGAAUUAGAGUCAUUGAGAAUCUCUAGUCUGGGCUCAAGAACAUUGGAUCCGCUUUGGAAACUGCGACGCAGUCAGAAGCUGGAUAUGUCAGCAAGGCUGGAACUGCAAUCUGCUCUGGAUGCAGAAAUACGUGCCAAACAGCUAAUUCAAGAAGAGUUAAGAAAGGUUAAAGAUGCAAACAUAUCCUUUGAGAGUAAGCUGAAGGACUCAGAAGCAAAAAAUCAGGAACUGUUGGAAGAAAUGGAGGGAUUGAAGAAAAAGCUGGAAGAAAAAUACAGAACAGAUACAGGUCUCAAACUUCCAGACUUUCAAGAUUCAAUUUUUGAAUAUUUCAACACUUCACCUCUUGCACGUGAUCUGACUUUUAGAGAUUCUCUUUCUUCCUCGUCUACGUCUUCUCUGCUAGCCUUUUGGGAAGAAACAAGUUCUAUUAGCGAGCAGGAAACACAAGGUCCCAAACCAGAAGUCUCACCAUCCACUUCUGUUAUGACUACAGAACAGCAGCAAGAAGAACCAAUACGGCUUCAGAGGAUGCCUGCUGUUCCCUCCCCUACCAUUCAGUCCAUUUCUCUAGCUGUACCAAAGCCUAAAGCUCACCAACUCAAUAUCAAGUCCUUUUCAAGCCCUACUCAGUGCAGUCACUGUACAUCUCUCAUGGUGGGAUUAGUUCGACAAGGCUAUGCCUGCGAGGUGUGUUCAUUUGCAUGUCAUGUUUCCUGCAAGGACAGUGUGCCUCAGGUCUGUCCUAUACCCCCUGAGCAAGCCAAAAGGCCUCUCGGAGUAGAUGUGCAAAGAGGGAUAGGAAUGGCAUACAAAGGUUAUGUUAAGGUUCCAAAGCCUACAGGAGUUAAGAAGGGGUGGCAGAGGGCCUAUGCAGUUGUCUGUGACUGCAAACUAUUUCUAUAUGAUGUGCCUGAAGGAAAAUCUACCCAGCCUGGAGUUGUUGCAAGUCAGGUGUUGGAUCUCAGAGAUGAAGAUUUUUGUGUGAGCUCUGUCCUAGCAUCAGAUGUAAUACAUGCAACCCGUAAAGACAUCCCUUGUAUAUUCAGGGUGACAGCUUCUCUCUUAGGUUUCCCUUCAAAGACCUGUUCACUACUGAUCUUGACAGAAAAUGAGAAUGAAAAGAGAAAAUGGGUUGGAAUCCUGGAAGGGUUGCAAUCUAUCCUGCACAAAAACAAACUUAAAAACCAAGUUGUACAUAUUGCACAAGAAGCCUAUGACAGUACACUGCCUCUUAUUAAAACAAGUUUAGCUGCUGCUAUUGUAGAUCGAGAUAGAAUAGCAAUCGGUUCAGAAGAAGGACUGUAUGUGAUAGAGGUGACCCGUGAUGUGAUAGUUCGAGUUGCUGACUGUAAGAAGGUGUACCAGAUUGAGCUUGCUCCCAAAGAGAGAAUUAUUAUCCUCAUCUGUGGCAGGAACCAUCAUGUUCACCUGUACCCAUGGGCCUCCCUGGAUGGAUCAGAAAGCAACUUUGACGUGAAACUUCCAGAAACUAAAGGCUGCCAGUUGAUUAUAACUGGAACAUUGAAGAAAAGCUCUUUGACUUGUUUGUUUGUGGCAGUCAAACGACAGGUUCUUUGUUAUGAAAUUCAUAGAACUAAACCUUUUCAUAAAAAAUUCACUGAAAUUCAGGCUCCAGGAAAUGUACAGUGGAUGGCAGUGUUCAAGGACAAGCUUUGUGUUGGCUACCAGUCUGGGUUCUCUCUGUUGAACAUCCAGGGAGAUGGACAAUCUAUAAACCUGGUAAAUCCUAAUGACCCCUCGCUUGUGUUCCUCUCACAGCAGUCUUUUGAUGCCCUUUGUGCUGUGGAGCUCAGUAAUGAGGAAUACCUGCUUUGCUUCAGCCAUAUGGGAGUGUACGUCGAUUCACAAGGUCGAAGGUCACGCAUGCAGGAACUAAUGUGGCCUGCAACUCCUGUUGCCUGUAGUUGCAAUCCUUCCUAUGUUACAGUGUAUAGUGAAUAUGGCAUUGAUGUCUUUGAUGUUAACACUAUGGAAUGGGUUCAGACAAUUGGCCUACGAAGGAUCAGACCAUUAAAUGUGGAGGGCACACUGAAUCUCCUUAAUUGUGAACCCCCACGGCUUAUAUAUUUCAAGAACAAGUUUUCAGUAGGAGCUGUCCUCAGUGUGCCAGAAACUUCUGAUAACAGCAAAAAGCAAAUGCUUCGAACCAGAAGUAAAAGAAGAUUUGUCUUCAAGGUUCCUGAGGAAGAGAGAUUACAACAAAGACGAGAGAUGCUGAGAGACCCUGAACUAAGAUCAAAAAUGAUUUCUAACCCAACAAAUUUCAACCAUGUGGCUCAUAUGGGACCAGGAGAUGGAAUGCAAGUUCUCAUGGAUCUCCCACUGAGUGUCUUACCUUCCGCUCAAGAUGAAAAAGCAUGUCCCCCCACAACCAACCUCUCACGGCAGCAGCAAAGAAGCAAAACCUACAUUUCAUGGCCCUCAUCAAGUGGCGGUGAUUUGGCAGUAGCCGUGCCUCUGAGAAGUAUGUCCGACACUGACCAGGAGUUCGACAAAGAGCCUGAUUCAGAUUCUACCAAACACUCUACUCCCUCUAACAGCUCAAAUCCAAGCGGUCCCCCAAGUCCCAAUUCUCCACAUAGGAAUCAGCUUACACUAGAUGGACUGGAUCAGUCAACCUGUGAUGCGUAACACUACAGCUCCUACUGUUCCAGCUUCGAUCAUUCACUACUCCGUGGAGUAUUCGAGAGCAAGGCAAAGCUGUCUCAGAUGCUAGUGCCAAGACUGAUGCUAAAUCUCUAGUGUUGCACAAGAAUAAUUAUAUAUCCAGAUUGUAGAUACAAAAUAUUGAAAUGAAGAAAAAUACUUUACUACAAUAGUGGUCAAGCUUUUUAUGCAAAAUUGUUCACUGUUAAGUUAUGGUUGAUUCAUUCGUUUUAUUUCUGCACAGCUAUCACAGUUUCAUUGCAUAGUAGGAUUAAAGGCCACCAGUAAAUAGUCUUAUUCUUAUGCUGAAAAAGAAAUAGAGAAGAGGUACUGAUAGUGUUACUACUACACAGUAUCAGAAAUAUUAUUUUUCUAUAGAAUGAUGUAAUGUCUCAUUAGCAGGAAAUCCUUUUAGACAGAAUUUGGACCUCUGAAUAGGAAAUACAAGCAGGUUGAGUUACAUCCUCAGAUAAAUAUACUUUUCCCUUUUUCCUGUAACUGUUUCCUAAGUCUUUAGGGGAAUGAUAGGAAGCUAUAGGUUGUUCCCAACAUCAACAGAAUCAUCAGGAAGUCAAAUGAAAGUUGGUGAUAGUUUUGUGGCCUUUUAACUCAUUUAGCCAUUACAUUUCAGCUGCAUAAGUCUUUCUAUCUUUCUACCAACUUUUAGUCUUGUACAAUAGGACUAUUACUAGUAAUGUUUUACUCUUACCCUGCUUUUUAGUCCUUAUCAUUCAUGAUUAUUAGUCAGGGCUUUUAAGACAUCAGUAAAUAAUGCUGUGAAAACAAAUUUUACUUUUAGUUCCUGCUAUCCUCCUCUGAGAUGUAGUUUCUCUUGGUUUUUCAGUGUAAAAUACACUACAUUAUUAUUUUUUUUUAAUAGCUCGCAAGCAUUCUUUCAGGAAUACUACCCUUAAAGUCUGCUUGAACUAAGGGACUGUAUCAUACUAAAACAUCAGUCUAUUUUAUUGGUAACCAAAGUGGAACAUGAAGGAUGUGGAAGCGAGGGUGCUGCUUUUUCAUUAAUUGUAUCCUCACAUGCAUGAAGACCCCAUGAUUAUUAAUCAAGCAUUGAUCAUGGAGAAAGAUGCACAGCACACUCCUGUAUAUUUUGCUAUGGCCCACGUGCAGUGGUGAUGGUCUUGCGUGUAUAUUUAAUCUCAUGCCUCCAUGUAUUAUACAUUUAGUAAUCAAAGAUUUGUGACCAUGUUUCAUUAAAAGCUUGUAAUUAAUUCAGUGGCUGGCAUAUCCAGUUUGUCAUUGUUACACUAGUGUGCCUUCUGUGCCAAUUUUAUGACAGUUGGAUGUCACUUAUUUAAAAUUUGGUUUAAAUGGGCUAAUGAUAAUAUACCAAUGGCUAAUGUUCUUUUCUGAAACACUGUAUAGGACGUGCACUUAUAUUUAGUUUAAACUGAGUGUUCUAGUCAACAUUUAAUCCUGUUACAUUAAGUGUUUGACAGUACUUGCUCUUUUUUCCUCAGAUUAUUGAUAAAGGGGGCUCAAUUAGAGCUGGACACUACUGCUUUGGGGGUUUUCUGGUUUUUACUUUUUUAAUGUAAGUCUAAGUCUUUGUAAUUAUUGAAUUGUGAAAACAUUUUUGAACAAUUUACCUGUCAAUAAAGGAGAAGAGGGAGGUUUUAAAGUUCAUAGUGGUCUGUCUUGACGUGUGAAAAUACUUUACUGUGGGUGCUUAAUUUAGUUUCAUAAUAAAUUCACUGUGUUCAGUUAAAACUUAA